GCCAUCUUUCAGGUUACCGCCUCGUCUGCUGUCAGGAUUUUUGUUAGAAUAACUGAAGACAUAAAGUUUAUUUCAUCUAGAGGAGCGCGUUAAGUGUUGGCAACACCUACGAUGUAUUUUUAUCUGGAGAUAAUGGAGGAUUUGGACCGAAUUAUGCGCCUCAUUUUGUGUUUUGUCGACCAGAACAUUUCUGACGACAGAAGCAACGGGGAGGGGGGGCGGGGCUUCUUUGCUGGUGCUGGAUUCACCGACUCCCACUGCAAGUCCGCAUUAAAGGACACCUCCAAUACCAACCUGACGCUGGUGCGCAGCUAUCACCAUCAGUGUGAAGCUGGAACUUCUCCUGAUUGUUUCCCACACAGAUAAAGGGCCGAUCAGAAGAUUUAGCAGGCAAGCUGCUAUAGCUACAGAGAUCAGACAUGACGUGCCAAAGAAAGUUUUACAGUCUGCUGGUUGUAGUUGUGGUUUUGGAUCUGGUUUCAGGCCUCAGCCUGGUCACCAGCAGCUCCCAGAACCUGGAGAGCAAGGCAAACUACAGCUGCUACAGCUGCCCUUUGUCAGAGGCUCAAUUCAUCAAUACGGUGUACAACAAGCAUACCAGCAAAGGAGACUUCUGGUACCGAAAUGGUUCAGCGUUGGCUUCCUGCGACUUCUCAUCCAUUUACGAGUCAAAACGUAAAUGUUCUGUUUGUGUCAAACAAGCAGAAAGUGUUGUUAUGGUUUUAUGCAACCUGACAAGCGGAGAGGAGCUGCUAUUCGAGGGUCAACAUGGAGAAAUCAGCUUCAACAGGACCAACUGUCCUCAACCAGAACACAUUGGAGUCACUGAACCAAACAGUGACGGUCACAUCAUUUUGGUGGUGUGUUUACUUACGGCCUUCAUCAUCGUCAUCAUGUCCAUCAUGUGGAAACGUCAUAAAUCCCAGAAGACUCCAGCUGAUGGAUCCAGCACCAACUCAUCUGAUCCAGAAAGCGGUUCUGAAUCGACUGACAUGGUUAAAAGUGGAUUGGCUGAAGAAAGCGGUUUGUUGGUGACAUCAGACCAGCAGCAGCUUGAUGUCUGAAGACCUUUGACCUCACAGAAUCUGGUUCUUCCCUGUCCAGAACAUUGUCUUAUCUUUCUUUAUCUGCUGCUCUGCUGAUAGUGUUUUUUAUCAAACUCUAAAGACUUUGCACACUAUUUAAACAUUUUAUCAAAUCUUUAGAUUACAGAUGUUUUACAUAGUUAUGGUUAUUUAUGAAGUGCCAAUUCACAACAAAUGUCAUCUCAAGGCAGUUUA